UGUCCAACCCACCCAAACCCGCACGCCCGUGUUCGCCUGUUUCCUCCGUGAGGAAACCACCAGUCCAACUCUCCGCCUCACUGACAGAGACAGGCAUGACCCACUGGAGUUAGUUAAGAUAGUUAACACUAGGAGAACGAGGCACGACUAAGAGAACAUACUUUACAGCCCAAAUAACAAACUCUGAAGAUAAAUACGGUAGGAGAUCACAGUGUGGAAACACUGCAGCCCAAAUUAAGGUCAGUGUGUAUAUACAGGUCUCUGUAUCUCAGCGAUGUUCUCCCGUCGCUCUCUCCUGCAUCUGCUGCUCAGUGUCUGCAGCCUGACUGCUCCUUCACUGACUCUACCCUUUGAGCAGAGAGGAUUCUGGGACUUUUCUAUGGACGGAGAAGGAGGAGAUCUGUCGACAGUAAUGAUGAGAGAUGAAGAGGGAUCAGCUAGCGAGGAGCUGCCACCGGAUGUGUCUAUAUGCCCCUUUGGUUGCCAUUGUCAACUUAAUGUGUUGCAAUGCUCAGACCUGAGUUUGACUGCAGUGCCCAGGGAUAUUCCCAGAGACACCAAACUCCUGGACCUACAGAACAACCGCAUCACAGAACUGAAGGAGAACGACUUCAAGGGACUUACAAAUCUCUAUGCUCUGUCACUGGUCAACAACAAGAUCUCCAAAGUCCACCCACAAGCCUUCACACCCCUCCGACACUUAAAAAAGCUUUAUUUUUCCCGGAACCUCCUGACGGUGGUACCCAAGAACCUUCCCCCAUCCCUGGUGGAGCUGCGGAUUCAUGAGAAUCGGAUUAAGAAGGUUGCAGAAGGAACGUUCUCUGGUCUGGGCAGCAUGAACUGCAUUGAGAUGGGUGGAAACCCUAUUCAGAACAGCGGCUUUGAGCCUGGUGCUUUCAAAGGGCUGAAACUCAACUACCUGCGCAUCUCUGAGGCCAAACUCACUGGAAUACCAAAAGACCUCCCUGAAAGUCUUCAUGAGCUCCAUUUGGACAAUAACCAGAUCCAAGCCAUUGAACUGGAGGACCUGAGCCGCUAUAAACACCUGUACAGAUUGGGUCUGGGUUUUAACCAUAUCCGCAUGAUUGAGAAUGGCAGCCUAUCAUACGUCUCUAAUCUGAGGGAGCUGCAUUUGGAAAACAACCGUCUGACCCGCGUCCCGAGGGGCCUGCCAGACAUGAAGUACCUGCAGGUGGUCUACCUUCAUUCAAACAACAUUAGUCAAGUGGGCAUUAAUGACUUCUGCCCUCAAGGUUUUAGUGUGAAGAGGAGCUUCUACAAUGGCAUCAGCCUCUUUGGAAACCCGGUUAACUACUGGGAGGUGCAGCCUGCCACCUUCCGCUGCGUUGGUGACCGAUUGGCCAUUCAGUUCGGAAACUAUAAGAAAUAGAGAAAGGAUGAAAGGGAGGUUUGGGGACAAAUAAUAAUGCUGGAAUCAAAACAAAACAGAAGAAAAGCUUGGAGAAACUAGGGGUCGAAAUGGUGUCAACAAACAGUGUUUCCAAAUAGUGUUUAAUGUGUAUCUUUGGAUGUAUUUGUUUGUGAAGUCUAAAGAAAAAAAGGAAGGAGCAAUAAAAAUAAGUAUUGGAACAUUUUAAAAGAAACCUACGGAAUAUGAUCUCUUACGACUGACUUGUUUCAUAAGUGUGUUACCGUAAAGUUACUUUGUAAGGCCUCUUUGUUUGCUCGACACUUUUAUAAUAAUAUUAUUGAUACUGUUAAUAUUGUUAUUAUGCUAUAUUAGUUAAUGUUGUAUUAUUAAUAACAAUAUUUUUAUAAUAUAAUUAUAAUAAUAUUAAUAAUAUUUUGGAUGGGAUAUUGAAAUGGUAAGGUUGAAUCUUAAUUUUAAAUUUAUGGUGCUUAUAAUAAGUGUAUCUGUGUUGUUUGUCAAGUUUUAGAUUACUUUUUUCUUCCUUUUUGUCAUUGCCUUGCUUCCUUGCUUCAGGGGUCUUAUUGUUGUGGGAGUAAUUUAGGGCAAUGGAGGAACUUUACACAAAAUAUAAAUCAGUCAGUCAGAUGCCUCAUGUUUUUACCCAGCCCUCUUGGGUUCGAGGCUGAUUCAGAAAAGGAUUGUAAUAAUGUAAUUUUGCACAGUUUCUCUAUGAAUUCCUAAUAUUUUCUUUGUAGCGUAUUGUUAGAGGGUUUUUUCUCUUGCAUUGCCACUGCAUGCAACUGCAUGCCUGCAUGUUUCAAUAAAAUAUCUUUCAGCUUGACUUCAGGAGCAGAAGUGGCGUACCAUCAUGGUCUAAAAGCUGUGACUAAUAAAACUUGAGUAAACAUGAACACCAAAUAUUGAUUGAGUGAAUUCUCAAACACAAUGUCAAGGGGUCAUCAUCACUUGUUGCAAACCAUGUCAGCGAAAUUCCAAAUUUUAUACAUACAAAUAAAAUACAUAAAAGUC